AUGUCUGUCCGGAGAAAUGUACGUCUGCGCCGAGAGUACCUGUACCGUAAGGGUCUAGAGGGUAAGGAACGCACUCUUUAUGAGCACAAGCAGCAACUAAAAGAGGCGAUUAGAAGCGGUAAGGCCAUCCCGACAGAGCUACGUAAUGUCGAGUACAAGUUGCGUAAGGAAAUGGAAUACGACGAUGAAGCCCAUGAAAAACCUAUAAAUCACAUAGAUGACGAGUACAAGAAUGCAGGCAUGUUUGAUCCCAAGGUUGCUAUAACCACGUCACGCGAUCCGAGUUCGAGGCUAAAGCAGUUCGCGCAGGAAAUCCGUCUCAUUUUUCCUAAUGCCAUUCGUCUCAAUCGCGGUGCCCACACUGUUGGCGACUUGGUUGAGAGCGCAAGAGCGAACGAUUUUACAGAUCUGCUGUUGGUCACAGAGACUCGUGGUGAACCAGAUGGUCUGGUUGUGUGUCAUUUGCCAUAUGGACCGUCAGCCUAUUUUUCUUUGAGCAACACGGUGUUACGCCACGACAUUGAGGACCGCGCAACUGUUUCGGAGGCAUAUCCACAUCUGAUUAUCAAUCAAUUUGCGACGCCACUGGGCCAGCGCGUUGCAAAUAUACUGAAGCACCUGUUUCCGGUCCCAAAGCCAGAUGCCAAACGCGUAAUUACAUUUUCAAAUGACAAUGACUUCGUGUCGUUCCGUCAUCAUGUAUUUAAGGUGACAGGACGUGAUGUAGAGUUGCAAGAGUGUGGGCCCCGCUUCGAGCUGCAGCUGUAUCAGGUGAAGCUCGGCACGCUUGAACAGAAGGAAGCAGAAAACGAAUGGGUCUUGCGGCCGUACAUGAACUCCGCUAAAAAACGCCGAGUCUUGUAG